UUACAGCUCCAGUCAAAGGAUCAACAAAUGGAAAAACUCCUUCAACGUUUGGCAACAGUGCAUAAAUUUAAUGAACAAUUUGCCGAUGAAAAUCAACGUCUUCUCAACGAGGCCAAAACGCUGCAACAACACAUAUCCCAUUUACAACAACAAAUAGCCAAUUGUGACAAAUGUCAACGUCUGGAAAACGAUCUGAGGAAAAGUGAAGAGGAUAAUCGUUUAUUGUCUGCCGAUGUAAAUAUGAUGAAGACCCUAGUCUACCGUUUAAAUGUACAAAUUGAACGUUAUCAAGAUGCACUGCGCCAAACGAAAUUAGCUUCCGAGGAAACUGCAAAGACUGUAACCACCUCCGAUCCAACGAAAUCUUCUUCCAUUUCUCAGUGGCAAGAGGAGCCAAUACGCAAUCAUACAUUGGCGCCUCUUUUACAGUCGUAUGAUGAAAUGAUACGAGACAAAGAAGAUUUAAUCCAGCAAUAUACUCAAGAAUUUGAACACUUUACCGGCGAAUUGAAAACCGUUUUGGAGGAGAAUAAUCGGCUACAGCAACAGGUGGACUCGCUUAAAAGAGAUGGCGGCAAUUGGCGUGAAGAACGUGCACGACUUCAGGCCCAGCUAGAUAUUUGCCGGCAAAAGGCUGAAGCCCAAACGCGCAAAACCGAUUUGGCCAAAGAGAAACUUGUGGAAGUAAUGCAUUGUUAUGAGCAGAAAAUACAAACAUUGGUCCUGGACAUGGAACAUUUACAAAAUGCCUACACAAGAUGUAAAGCCGAAUUGGUGUCUCUAAAAAGUAUAGCUGCCCUUCCCCAAGAUACCAUUGCAAAUUCCCUCAAAGAAUGCAAAGAACUCUUGGAACAACUACGACAACAACACAGUAAAGAGAAAUAUUCGCUGGAGCGAACAAUUGGUGAGUUAACCGAACGACAUGCUGGCGUCGAUCAUCAAGUGCAAAAACUGAGAGAUGAAAAUUCAAAAUUAAAACAAGAACUGGAACAACACUCAGCUCAGACGGAAGAGUUGCGCAAACGCAAUGUUUCACUUCAACGCAGCACGGAGAAAGUGAAAAGAUCACGUGAUCGUCUGCGAGCACGUCUGCGUAUAGCGUUACAGUGGGCUCAAAAACUGGAAGAGGGUCAGGCAAAUUUGCAAAGUACAUGGGAUGCUCUCAAACGUUUGGAAACCAUUGUCAAACACAAAGAGUCUCAAGUUCGGGGGUUACACGCACGCCAUCUGCAAGAGAUCGAUAAAAUGGAAAAGAAAUUGGCACAAAAGGAGGAAACGAUACGCACUAUUUUAAGAGAUCGUCUUAAUGUAAAUUCAACGGAACAGCGAUAGCAAUAGUUCCUGUUUCAUGGAACAUAUUAUAUAUAAUUCUAGUCAAUUGUUAGUU